AUGUCUACACCACAUUCGAGUGGUGGCGCAAACGAGAAUUCUAUCAUUACCAUGGAAAUACCAGAAAACCAACCACUUAAAGUCACUAUAAUGUCUCAAGUUUACUAUCCUCCCAGAUUUUUUCGGAAGGUGGUGGCAGAAGUGGUGGCAACCUUCCUCUUGGUGUUUGUUUCAUGUGGAGCAGCAGCUCUUGCAACCAGCGAUGAACACAAGGUGUCUCCGCUUGGAGCUUCGGUUGCUGGUGGUCUAAUUGUGACUGUCAUGAUCUAUACAGUUGGGCAUAUCUCGGGAGCACAUAUGAAUCCUGCAGUCACCAUAGCCUUUGCAGCUGUUAGGCAUUUCCCAUGGAAGCAGGUUCCUUUCUAUGUAGCAGCACAAUUAACAGGAUCCAUUGCAGCUUCAUUUGCCUUAAAGACACUUUUACAACCAAUAAAAUAUUUGGGCACAACCACGCCUUCAGGAACAGACUUACAAGCUCUAAUCAUGGAAAUAAUUUUAACUUUCACAAUGAUGUUUAUCACUUCAGCCGUGGCCACUGACUCUAAAGCCGUUGGAGAGCUAGCUGGUAUAGCAGUAGGAUCAGCGGUAUGCAUUACAUCAAUCUUUGCAGGGCCUGUAUCUGGAGGCUCAAUGAAUCCUGCACGAACCAUCGGGCCAGCAAUAGCUAGCAACACCUAUAAGGGCAUUUGGGUCUAUAUGGUUGGCCCAUUGACUGGAACAUUAUCAGGAGCAAUGUGCUACAGUUUUAUUCGAGCUGCAAACGAGCCAUUUGAGGAAAUGUCUUCAUUUAAGUUCCGUAGAAUGAAAAGCAAUGAUGAAAAUGUUGCAGUAAAAGGAAAUCUAGGUUCUGUGUAA